CGGCCGGGCCGCGCCCCACGCCCCGCCGCAGCCGGCGUCGCCCCGCGGUGAUUAUCCGCUGCCGCCCGGGGGAAGCGGCCGCUGCCGGGAAGAUGGCGAGCCUCCGCCUGCUGCUCCUCGGGUACUUGGGGGUCUUCUGCUAUCAUAAGGUGACUGGAAUUGCUAUUGAAACAGAUAAUAAAAAUGUAAAAGCAGAGGAGUUUAAAGAGGCUAUUCUUAGUUGCAAGCACAAAUUUUCAAAAGGGAUGAGUCUAAGGAUAGAAUGGAAGAAAAUCCAGUCCCAAGAAGUUUCAUUUGUUUACUACAAUGGUGAAUUUACAGGUGAUCUUAGAGACCGAGCAGAGAUGUUGAAUACAGGAAUCCGUAUUAGAAAUGUGACUAGAAAGGAUUCUGGGACCUACCGCUGCGAAAUCAGUGCGAAGAGUGAAGAGGGGCAACGCCUGGGAGAGGCUUCUAUUACUCUCACAGUAUUGGUUCCUCCUACUACUCCAAUAUGUGUGGUACCCAACUCUGCAAUGACGGGAACAGUAGUGGAGCUGAGCUGUAAGGAAGCUGAGGGAUCUCCUCCAUCUGAGUACCAGUGGUACAAGAAUGGUGUUGCCUUACUGGAAAAGACAGGAACGGGCAGUGCUAGAACAGCCAACAUAACUUACACCAUGAAUAAAAAGUCUGGCACUCUGAUAUUUAACACUGUUUCAAAGAACGACACUGGAGAGUAUUUCUGUGUAGCCUCAAAUGGGAUUGGAUUACCUCAGAAAUGCUCCAUGAAGCGAAUGCAAGUUGAUGACCUUAAUGUAAGCGGUAUCAUCGCUGCUGUAGUAAUUGUGGCUUUGGUGAUGGCACUGUGUGGCCUUGGAGUACUUUAUGCUCAAAAAAAAGGGUAUUUCACAAAGGAGAGCUCUUCCCAGAAGUCCAACUCUCAAUCUACAAGUGAAAAGGAUUUCAAGCACACCAAAUCCUUUGUUAUAUAGAAGAUUUCAGCCUCUGUGAGGGACAUCAAACAACUACUUGUUAUACAAAAAUAUCAAAGGGAUUUUUUGACCUCUACUCUGUAAAUACUGUUUCCAUGUACUAUGCACUGAAAAUAGAAAUCGCUACUGUUUAGAUCUAGUCAACUUAAUUGUGUAUGAUUGUUUUUUUUUUUAACCAACCACAAAACUGCUUAACUUAAAGAUGCAACUAAAUGGAAUACACAGGUCAAUUUGUGUGACUUCUCAUUUUGGUGACGUAUACAUGCAGCAAUACAGGAUUCACUCUUGCAGCUUGGAAUAGUCUAUCCAAAUAACUUUCGCAGAUGACCUCCACCAUUGUCAAGGGCACAAACUCUCCUGUAACGUUGACUUCAUUCUUACUCAUGUCAGCAUUAUGUUAGGUCUGACAGAGUCAUCUAGAAGUGCAAAAGUAGUUGCCCAGACUUUAACUCACUAUCCAGCCAGGACAAAGCUGCUUCUAAUUGAGGCUCAAGCAUCGUUUUAUUGUCUAAUAUAAAAUGCCUACAGCAUCUCUUUUACAAGGAAGUACCUCUUUCUGUAGAUCGCAUAUGUUACUUGCCAGUACAACUACAGUUGUAACAGCUGGACCCUAAAUGUUAAAGUAUUACAAAUAAAUAGUUCCUCAGAGCUUUAA